AUGUCGGCCGUGCACGGAGCAGUAGGGGCGGAGGGGGAGGAGUACCUGCCGCUGACGGAGCGCUCCUUUCGCGUCCUUAUUCGGCGCUACGAGGAAGAGGCUGCUGCGGCCGCUCGUGCGGUGGCAGUAAGUUGCGGCGAGGACACGGCAGGAAGCUGUAGAGACAUGGCCGUGGCGGCGCAGUACAUCGCGGACCUCGCGCACGACGCCCAGCGGCUAUUCCGCAAGUUUCAGGCGUGUGGCAGCGGGAGUAGUGACAGCACAACGACGACAGCAUGGACAUUGGAGGAUGUGCAUGCUCUACGACUGUUGGGGUUUGAUGUGCGCGGCAUUGACGCGGUCUCCUUAUCCUCCCCGUUGGAGGAAGAGGGGAGUCGUGUGGAUGCGCGCGGCAGCGAUCCGUCGCGGCGCCCCCAGAAGUCUAAUUUAGACGCCCUGCUCUUCAUGGAGCAGAAGCUGCAGGCACUGCAGUUGAAGGCCGAUGGAUUGGCCGCAGAGAACGUUGCCCUGCGCCGCACCGUGGCGGGGCGUAGGCGCACCGGGCAAAAAACGCAGACGGCGGACGCUGGUACACACGACCCAGUUGUGGCCCUUACAACCGCUCUCAACGAACUGAAGGACGCCUUGAUUGGUCACCGCGAGCGUGCUUCCAUCGUGCAGGAGAUGCGGGAGAGGUUCGCAUUGGCACUUCAUGAAAUUCGCGUGGGCGAUCGCAAGGUGAGCGAUGCUGCGUCAGGUGAAGCAGACUACCCGUACAGUGUCAUUGAGGAGGCGUUUUGUGUUCUUCGCCGUGUGGAUGCGUGCCAGCGGGUGCGUUACUGCAUGGGAAACACUUGCGAUGAUGUGGAGCCUGUCGACACGGCUGUGAUUCAGCUUCUUAACGACCUGGACUUCCCGUUCCCCGUGCACAUUCGCCGUCUCGGGCCUGGAGGUGAUUACUUCAUUGACAGUCAUGUUGAGAUCAAACUAGUGGACCAGCAGCUUCUAGUGAGGCCGUGGCCAGCCGCUGGCCACCGCCUGAAUCCGGCUGACGGCGGAGGCGCCAACCACAGCAGAAACAACAACAACAACAACAACAGUAAGAGUCGCCCACGGUACGAGCACCUCGCGAAGUACCUUAUUCACCUGUAUUCGCCCGCCAUGGAUUUGGACAAGGCGGCCGCCACUGAGGGUUACAAUGUGGCGGAUUUGCAACGCGACCAAACCAGGUACGAGAGCAGCGCGUGUCUUUGUGAUCACAUCGCCAGUCUGAAACACCAGCAGCAGCGACUUCGGCGAACUCUUGAGAAUCGCUAUCAGCAACUACAGCGGCAUCAGCGGCGGCUUGAGGAGGGUCUUUCCCCCUCACCGAGCAGGCCUCUCCGCGAAGACGGCUUUAUGUCAAGCGGUCACAUAGACGCCUCGUCUGAUCAAGCAAGACGUGCAUGGAGGGGGAAAGAGACACAACGGCCUCAGUCCACCUCCACUGAAGAUCGGGUUUCCCACAUUCUACACUUGCUCGAGACGAAUGGUCGAGUUCCUGACCUUUCGAGCCUCUCCAAGUCGGAGUUACAGUGUCUCAAGCGAACAACCCUUCGGCGGCAGAUGCAUGCCUUUAAGGGCUUCACCGGUGUCAUUUCGCCUCGUUCCCGAAGUCAAUCGUCGUGA